CGGCCGGAGUCGCCAGGCGCCGCGUCUCCGUCGUCUCCUCCGCCUGCGCCUGCUCCUUCUCUUCUUCCUCCUCUUCCUCUGGUUGCCGCUGCCACCGCGGCCGUGUCUGCUCCACAACUUUCCAAGAAAGUUGAGAAACUCGGCUCUGGGGCAGCCGCGUCGCGCGCAGCUGCCACCUCAGGAGCCGCGGGGGAGCUCCGAGGGUGCGCGGCCGCCGGGGCUUCGCGGUCGCUGCACCUGCCUCAUCCGCCGCCGCCGCUGCCGCCCGGUGCCAGGCUGUGGGCAGACCCAGGCGGCGGUGGCGGCGGCGAAGGGGUCGCUUCCUGCCGCCUGCGCCUUCGCCUGGGUCCCUGCGCGGCCACCGCCGCCCCACGUGCGCGGUCGUUCCUGGAGCGCACAUUCUGUGGUUUCUCAGAAAUUUUUGUAACUUCCCCCCGUGUUUCUUUCUCCCCACCCCUACUUUUUGCAUAAGGGAAAAAAAAAAGUUGUGUCGAAAGUGUCCACUGAUUGUCACCUCCCAAUUAUCCUUCCUUUCCUCCCCGCCCCACUCUUUUUUUUAAGCGGCGGCAAUAUUUAGUGUUUAUUUUGUUUUGCUGUCGAUAGCUUCCUUUGCUCGUUCUGCGCGGCUGCUGGACGGCGGAGUGGCGUGGACCUCAUGUAGAAAUGACAACAAUGGAAGGGGCCAGCGGGUCGAGUUUUGGAAUAGACACGAUUUUGUCCAGUGCCAGUUCGGGCAGCCCCGGCAUGAUGAAUGGAGAUUUCCGCCCGCUCGGCGAGGCCAGGACCGCGGAUUUUAGGAGUCAGGCCACCCCGUCCCCCUGUUCGGAGAUUGAUACCGUAGGAACGGCGCCUUCUUCUCCUAUCUCGGUCACCAUGGAGCCCCCGGAGUCUCAUCUGGUAGCGGACGGGCCCCAGCAUCACCACCACCUCCACCACAGCCAACAGCCGCCGCCGCCAGCAGCGGCCCCGACGCAAAGUUUGCAGCCUUCGCCCCAACAGCAGCCGCCGCCGCCGCCACAGCAGCCGCCGCCGCCCGCCCAGCAGCUGGGCUCGGCCGCCUCGGCCCCCAGGACUUCCACCUCUUCUUUUUUAAUUAAGGACAUCUUGGGCGACAGCAAACCUCUGGCGGCGUGUGCACCCUACAGCACCAGCGUCUCCUCUCCCCACCACACCCCGAAGCAGGAGAGCAACGCAGUGCACGAGAGCUUCAGGCCAAAGCUCGAGCAGGAGGACAGCAAAACCAAACUCGACAAGCGGGAAGAUUCCCAGAGCGACAUCAAAUGCCACGGAACAAAGGAGGAAGGAGACCGGGAGAUUACAAGUAGCCGAGAGAGUCCCCCUGUGAGAGCCAAGAAGCCUCGUAAAGCCAGGACUGCUUUCUCCGACCAUCAGCUUAAUCAACUCGAGCGUAGUUUUGAGCGGCAGAAGUACCUGAGUGUGCAAGACCGCAUGGACCUGGCUGCUGCGCUCAACCUCACUGACACCCAAGUUAAGACCUGGUACCAGAACCGCAGGACCAAGUGGAAACGGCAGACUGCGGUGGGCCUGGAGCUGCUGGCUGAGGCGGGAAACUACUCGGCGCUGCAGAGGAUGUUUCCGUCCCCUUAUUUCUAUCACCCCAGCCUGCUAGGCAGCAUGGACAGCACUACCGCAGCGGCCGCUGCCGCUGCCAUGUACAGCAGCAUGUACCGGACUCCCCCGGCACCCCAUCCCCAGCUGCAGCGGCCCCUGGUGCCCAGAGUGCUCAUCCAUGGCCUGGGGCCUGGGGGACAGCCAGCCCUCAAUCCCUUGUCUAGCCCCAUCCCAGGCACCCCACACCCCCGGUGAAGAACGGGCAGAGCAAAGAUGUUGCAAUCCCUCCCCCAUACCCCACUACCCAGACAGCUGCCCCUCCUCUCCCCACACCAAGCCACCAGGCGACCCUGGGAGGCAAAGGAGAAGGAGAGGAAGAGAAGAUGCUCACCAGUGGGCGGAGGACCCUCAAAGAGGAGCCAGCCCUCUACUCUGCCUCUCCCCACGCCCGAGAUAGGGCUGGAAAGCUCUCUCACAGCAGUGUGACCGGCGAAAACGCUGAACCCACACAAAGUGCGACCAGUAAGUGAAAACAUCAACAAAAACAAAACCUCAAGUUCUUUUAAGCAAACGACUUUAGGGACAAGGAGAAGGGAGGGAGGGGGGAGGGCUAAAGAGGGAAGAAAGAAGGGCACAGAGCGGAAACUGCACAGGCAGAGAAAAUUGUCGAUGGACAGAUAGCCUCAAGUUCCGAGGCAGAGGGCGUUGCCGUGGACAUUCCGUCUGCCCCAGAGAAAAGAGGAGGGUGACUGAGAACUUUGCACUGAUUUCUCAUGACCUUUUUUCUUUUGGAAAAGUGGCAUGCUCCAUAAUAUGAAAAAAAUGUACAUUUGAAAGACUGAGUGAUAAGUGAUAUAUCAUAUUUAUUAUAUGUUGUCCAAAAGAGAGUCACUUAUAUACGUUAGUAAAAACAUGAUUUUUCUUUUCAUGUCUUUUUGAUUCAGUAAAAUAAAUGCUUAGACAAAAGUAUAGAUUUUUUUGUGAUUGAAAAUUACAAAAAUAAAGUUUAUCUUUUUUUAACAA